GCGACGAAAUGUCCUACGCGCUUGUUUCGCCGGUGAAACUGACUCACAUGGGUUAUGUAAAUACAGAGGGCAAAGUAACAGCACUUUACUCAGGUAAAUUAAUUAACCAUAUUUAUUAAGCGUGUAUAAUGCAUCGUGUUUUCUGCUCGCGAUGGGUUUUAUCAGGGCUGUCAGUGACAGCUGGCAUAGGCAUCGGAGCCACCUUGACAGCAGCCGGCGAUCGCCUUAACAAAAGCCGGGAUACGAGUCACAGCGGUGGACUACUGGAGCGCAUACCCGUCAUCCCGAUCCCGAGCGUCGACGCAGCGUCAGAGAUUACCCCGUACCAGCCGGGACAAGUCGCUGUAAAUAGAUCCACAGCUGUUAUGAAGUACGGCUUUCCUUCCCUGUCUAAUAUCAAGAGCAGGGAGUCUUACGUGACGUCAUACGACCCCAGAAACAGGACCGCAGCCUGGGUCAUAGAGCAGCUCAACGCCGAGACAGUUACCGGGACAUCGGACAGAAAGUUCUGCGAUUUUAAAGAGGACGACUCGGUUCAUGUUUACCACAGAUCGAGCAAUGCGGAUUACAAGGGCAGUGGGUUUGACAGGGGUCACCUGGCCGCAGCAGCCAAUCACAAAUGGAGUCAGAAAGCCAUGGAUGAGACCUUCUACCUGAGCAAUGUGUCUCCACAGAAUCCUCAUCUAAACCAGAACGCAUGGAAUAACUUGGAGAAAUACUGUCGCACUCUCACCAAGCAUUACCAGAAUGUCUUUGUAUGCACUGGACCACUCUACUUACCCCGACAGGAACCUGAUGGGAAAAUGUACGUGAAGUAUCAGGUUUUGGGAAAGAACCAUGUAGGCGUACCGACUCACUUCUUUAAGGUGGUGAUUCUGGAAAAGCCGAGAGGAGAUGUGGAGCUGCGGUCCUAUGUGAUGCCCAAUAUGCCUGUCGAUGAGAAGAUUCCACUAGAACGCUUCCUGGUUCCAAUUGAGAGCAUUGAGAGAGCAUCUGGACUGCUGUUUGUACCAAACAUCAUGAAGAGGACCAGCAGUCUCAAAGCCAUUACUGCAGGCUAGUGAGGAGUUUACAGUGACCACUGAGGGGGGAAAAGGAAAAUACCUCAAAAUGCUUCACUUAUGUCACUGUCAAACAUUCAUAAAGUUAUUGUGGAAAUUAUUUAAUUUUUAAUAUAUGUGGAAAAACUACUGAGAGAGAUCAUAUCAGUCACCAGCUGACGGUGUAAUUCUGUAUUAUUUAAUAGGGGAGAUUUUGUAUCAUUACUGUUUUUAGAUGUCAGCCAAAAUCGUGAUUUUUAACCGAGCCAAAACUGUGUGAAAUUAGCUUUUAAUUUAAACCGUGACAUGUCAUUUGUACCACUGGAAAUAAAACAAA